AUGACAACAUUUUAAAGAAUUUUUGCGCGCAACGGAGGCCGCGGUGUGCGCAUGUCUCGCUCUUUCUUGUUAGAAAUCACGAGUUUCUAAUAAAUAAUGGCUUCGGCAGCAACAUCGAAGCAUACAGAGUUAAACGGCGAGAUGUCGUCGUGUGUCUGUCCGUGCAAAAAAUCUAAAAUGGAUAGUAAUAAAGUGACUGUUGUGUUAGGUGCUCAGUGGGGUGAUGAAGGAAAAGGGAAAUUAGUGGAUUUGCUCGCCGUCAAUUCUGAUAUAGUUUGCCGCUGUCAGGGUGGUAAUAACGCUGGUCACACUGUAGUCGUCGACGGUAAAGAGUUCGACUUCCAUCUGCUACCAAGUGGAAUAAUCAAUCAAAAAUGCAAGUCCGUCAUCGGCAACGGCGUCGUGAUCCAUCUGCCAGGUCUCUUCGAGGAGUUGAAGAAGAACGAGCUGAAGGGCAUGCACGGCUGGCAGGACCGUCUCAUCAUCUCCGAUAGGGCUCACCUCGUAUUAGAUUUACAUCAACAGGUCGAUGGUCUACAAGAGGCUGAGAAGGGAAAGAAUUCGUUAGGUACAACUAAAAAGGGCAUCGGUCCCACGUACUCAUCGAAAGCGUCGCGCAACGGCAUCAGAAUAGGCGACCUACUGGGUGAUUUUGAUUUGUUUGCAGAAAAGUUCCGCACCCUUACUGAAAGCUACAAACGUAUGUUCCCCUCGUUGGAGGUGGACGUGGAGUCGGAGCUCACCCGGUACAAGGAGUAUGCCGCCAGGAUCAGGCCGCUAGUCCGGGAUACUGUGUCAUACCUUUACAAAGAGAUACAGAGCGGCAAACGAGUGCUCGUCGAAGGUGCCAAUGCCGCCAUGUUGGAUAUCGACUUUGGCACGUAUCCGUACGUGACGUCAUCGAACUGUAGCAUCGGCGGCGUGUGCACGGGUCUAGGGCUGCCACCGAACGUGAUCGGCGAGGUGUUGGGUGUGGUGAAGGCUUACACUACCCGAGUCGGCGAUGGACCCUUCCCUACCGAGCUUAACGACGACACCGGUAGACUGCUGCAAGAGCGCGGGCACGAGGUGGGCGUGACCACCAAGCGCGUGCGCCGCUGCGGCUGGCUCGACCUGGUGGUGGUCCGGUACACGGCCAUGGUCAACGGGUACACAGCAUUGUGUCUUACGAAGAUGGACAUUUUGGACACAUUGAAUGAAAUCAAGAUUGGUGUCGGAUAUAAACUGAACGGGAAGAAAAUCAGCUACUUCCCUUCUUCGAUGACGGAACUAAGCAAUGUGGAGGUGGAGUAUAUUACUUUGCCCGGUUGGGCUUGCAGUAUCGAGAAUGUACGGGAAAUGGACAAGCUACCGUCACAGGCGAGAGAUUACAUCAAAGCAAUUGAAGACUUCCUCACCAUACCUGUGAAAUUCAUAGGAGUCGGACCAGGCCGCGACAGCGUCAUAACCGCCGUCUAACGUACACUAUUGUGUGAUUAAUAUUAAAUAAAUCAAUUGUUAUAACUAUUAUUAUUAAACUCUUAAUGAAUAUUACCGCGGAUAACAAUAUUCUCACACAUAAUUUUUUUUUAUUUUUACGUCAAACGAGCCGUUGGUUUACUUCCUAAUAUAUAAAUCAAUUUAAUUGAAAAGCGUUAACUGUUUCGGCGGCAAUAAAUCUUGAAUACAUAGUAUUAGAAUUCAUUAUUGAAAUUGUAUCGAAAUCUUGAAUGUUUUGUUUCAUUAAUUUUUGAUUAUUUCUUUUUUGAUUUUUAACAGACUUAAAAUAAGGUUAUUAUUCGUGUACUGUACUUAAUAAUGAAACCGGUGCUUAGUUUCUUAGGGCUGAAUUUCUGGUGUACGUAGCACCACAUUAGUGUGCCUUAAAAAGGCGAAUUUGAAUUCUACUGACGACGUUUUACGGUUAAAAAUGAAAGUGAGAAAUUUGAUGUUUUUUAAUAACUUAAUGUUAAUGUGUUCAAGUUAAGGGAAUAAUGAAAACAAAUCGGAUCAUAAAUGAAAUUCAGCCCUAAGCAUCUUUUUUUUCGACAUCAAGUGUUUUUUUUUUACUUAUUAUUUUUUUAUCGAUUAACUUUUUAAUUCUAUUAACAAACCAGGGUUUAUUUUAGUCAAAAGACAAUGUAAUCGUCGCCCUAGUGCAAUUUAUAUAAUUAACUUUAACAUUAAAAUACUAAAUGGCCGUAGAGAGCACACGAGAACCCAGACGCAUUAUUAAUAUAGUUAUACCGGUUCUCUACUAUUAAAACUUUAAGUUCAAGUCAUAAACGCUUAUGGCGAAUGAUUAGAAAUUUCUAUUCUUUAAAGUUCCUAAUAGCAGUUUUUUAAAUUUACAAUGAGCGCGCAGGCGACGAUUUGGCUCGUUUAUGAAUGUUCAAAGAUCGCUAACGGCGUGAUGGUCUUAAAACUCUUGUUAUAUGAGUGCCUGUAGUUGUAUAUUAGUUUAUAACAUAUACUCAUAUUUGUAACGCUUUAUGCCGUGAAACGAACGAUAUUUUUGACAGAUGGCUGGCAACAACUUCUAAAAGUUGUAUGAUAAUUGAUAUAUGUCAGUGAAAAACUUUUUAUUCUCACAAAAUACUUAGUAGGUUAAGUAACACAUAGAUGCCAUCUUGAAUACAAACUAGUGAUUUUACAUUUAACAAAUCAAUAUAUUAGAUAUAAUUAUUUCCAGUGGAAAAUAUCCAACAUCCUUGCUUACAACCCUAUUAAAUGUUAUUAUAAUAUAAACUUAAACCCUGGCCGGUUAUAAUCUAACGAGACAGAUUACAAACCUGUGGUAUCGUUUAUAAAUAUUUUUAAAUUCGAGAUAUUUUAAAUUUUAUUAAGUACUCGGUAAAUCUGUUAUUAGCAUAUUCAAUUUUGCAAUGUCCCUUUUGACAAUAUUGCUAUCAAUUUCUUCUAGAAGUUUAACUUUUGGUUUUUAUUUAAUAGUUGUUUUGUCAAAAAUUUGCAUCGGAUAAUGGCUCAUGUAUACAUGAAAUUGACAGAUUUGUGUGAAAAGCAGUUGAGUUAUUGAGAAAGAAAAAAAGAAAGUUUUGUUUAUUCUUGACAAGAGGCAUAAAGUGUUAUUUGUAUGUAGACGAUUUUCAACUUUGAACGUAUUGUGUUGUUAUUGGUGCUUAGUACAAAUAGUUAAAUGUUAGAAAAAAAAAUUGUUUACCACCAGAAAGGCCUGAGUAUAUUUGUCAGCAAUAAAAUUGGGUAAAUAAGAUAGAAUGUAACCGCUUACUUAUAUUUAACGAGAGUUUUUGUGCGAAUGUAUAGUGUUUCCAUUAAAUUGCAUAUUCUGUAAACCGAGGAUCAGAUUUGUCACUCGCUUGCUGUCCACAUGAACUAUGCCUGACGGUGAAGAUGCGCGUGAUAUGUCUUGAAGAAACAUUAAAAUAAUAAUAAUCUAUUUAAAUACUGUAUCAAACUUUUUGAAGAAUAAUAAAAUGUUUGUGUUUACUUCACCAGUACUUAUCUACUUAUCGCACGUUGAGAACGAUAGUGACACAAUGCAAAAAAUGCGAUUUUGAGUAAUGAGCGUUUAAAGUUCAAGAAAUUGUAAUCAGCCCCUCUAAACAACGUAUCGUCACUACGCCACCUAGCAGUUUCUAUGCAAGCUACGUUUACAGGGAUCUUUGCAUUUUAAAGUUUAUACUUAACAAAGAAAAAUGUUGCCAAAAGUAAAAAAUACGUCGUUUUUGGUUAGUGACAUUGUCAUUCUCAACGUGCGUUAUUUGGACAUCUUGACCGUACAGCAAAGUAUUUGACGUAGUGUACCAUGAUAUUUUUAAUUUAACAUUUCCGUUGAACAUAAAGCCAAAUCUGAUUAUGUGGAUUUCAAAUUUGUUUUUUUUUGCUUAUAUUAAUUGCACAAAAGUUGAUGACAGACAUUUUUGAUAACAGUGGAACUUUUUGAUUACGGUCUCUCUAACCGUUUGCUUUUUUUUGGUUCAUUUUUAAUAUUGACGAAUGAAUGAUUUUAUAUGAUCAUACAUGUACUAAUUUUUUAUAUUUUACAAAUACAGAUAGAACUCUCAUUCCAAAGAUCUUUUGAAGUAUAUUGUACGUAGUUCAUGCUGUUAGUGAAUUGUUUCGCUUUUGCAAUGUUCUGUGGGGUGUGUUUUGUGAUAUCUAUAUUAUAUUAAUGUAAAUAUUUCAAUACAAUUACUUACUAUAAUAGGUACCAAUAAAUGAUGGUUUAUUCUUUU